GAGAGAGAGAGAGAGAGAGAGAGAGAGAGAGCCCGCCAAAGGACAUACUGAAAACCUUGCGAAGAUGAGUACCAUGAAGUUUUGCCGCGAAUGCAACAACAUUCUGUAUCCCAAGGAGGACAGAGACCAGAAGAUUCUCCUCUACGCUUGUCGCAACUGCGAUCACCAGGAGGUUGCUGAUAACAACUGUGUCUACAGAAAUGAGAUACAUCACUCUGUUGGAGAACGCACUCAGGUAUUGCAAGACGUAGCUGCUGAUCCGACUCUUCCUCGGACAAAAUCUGUACGUUGUGCUCAGUGCAACCAUGGUGAAGCUGUCUUCUUUCAGGCGACUGCUAGAGGCGAGGAAGGGAUGACAUUGUUUUUUGUUUGCUGCAACCCCAAUUGUGGACACAGGUGGAGAGACUGAUUUUCAUCUGCGCCACUGAUUAUGUCGAAGCCUUGGCGUGAUGAAACAGCAUUUCUUCCUCACAGACCGUUACUAACUGAAAUGUUAAUGGAGUUUUUCAAGCCUUGUCAAUGACAGGAUCCAUUUCAUUUAAUUUGAUGGUUGCGAACUGUUAACAUCAAAAAUUCAGUUUUAGCAUGAUGGUCUUGCCACUUCAUGCCACAAAGAAAGUUUUAUUGUGUGUUCUUUCUUGCCCAGCUUUUCACCCCCAUUUUUUCUCCAUUUGUCUCCGCUGCUAGAGGAUGAAAAGUAAUAUUCUUGACACCGUUAACGAACUAAUAGUGAUGAUU